UGAUUUCUUGUUAUAUCCUUGCAAGAAAAACUUUACAUUUCUACCAAGAGGCCAUUUAAUAAUAUAGUAUGAUAAGUAUUUAAUGAUAUUAAUACAGUUUGCCAAAUUUACAAAUUUAGAUGCAUAGUUUUUAAUCAUUAAAAGAUGCUUCUUUAGUUCUGGCGUUACAAAAUUUUCUCUCCACAAAUGUAGGGUUUUUCAUCAAUAGCACAAGUGGAUACCAAAGGUAGAGCCCGCAGGUUACCUGUAAAAGCUGAUACUCGCAGAGCAUUAUGCUUUCCCGGUGGUUCAACUCUGAUGGUUUGCCAUCUAAGGAAUGAAUUGUUAGAUGACAAUGCUAACUCUGGGAAGUUUCUCCCCUCACUACCUCAUCAGAAUUCCUCUACACCUGCAAUUGUUGAAAAUGAACAGCUUGAAUUUUCUAGGGAACUACUCAUUGAUUUGAAAUCUUCCCAUAGAACAGACACAAAUCAAAGUCAACCUAAGGCUUUGGUAAAAGAUGGAUCUUCAAGUGGAUAUGGAAAACUUAGUGGAUUUGACAGUCUCAAAUCUAAGAACUGUUGCAACGACCCUCCUCCUUUGGCCAUAGCAAAUGAUGAUAGACAGGAAAGUGGUGCAGAUUGUUCACAAGAUGUAAAUUAUGCUAAUGUAGCGAAUUGUUCUCAAUCUACAAAAGUUGCGAAGAGGGCCUGGAAAGCCUCUUUAUCCUCAUUGAAGUCAAAGAGGGUGAAGGGAAGCCAGUUAGUUGACUGUCGAUCAAAUUCUAGCUGGGGUCUUAUCCAAGAGGCUGAUGAUAGGGUCAAUCCUUGUUUUGUGGAAUCCCCUCAUGGUGAUUGUUUGAAUACAAAAAUGUAUUGGAGACCUUUUGCAUUUAGAAGCUCCUGCCAACUCAGAACUGCCAUCAACUAAAUUAGGGUGGGCAAAGUUCAGUUCUGAGCUAGAACCGUUUGAAAAUUAAACCGAAUUGAUUUUCAGUUUGAAAAAACCGAACCGAACUGGUUUUCAGUUCAAAAAACCAAACUGAACUGUUUUAUAAAUUGGUACACCGAUUUAUUAUUUGAACCAAACCGAACCGGUUUAAUUUAAAUUUUUUUUAUUUAUAUAGGCCAAAUUUUACAUAACUACCCUUAAUUAUUUCAAAAAAAAAAUCGGUUCAAGUUUUUUGAAAUAAAAACCAGUUCGAUUCAGUUUUUCGAACUAAAAACUAUUUUGGUUCGGUUUUUUCAAACUGAAAACUAGUUCGGUUCGGUUCUAAUUAUAAAAAUCAGUUCGAAAAUAGUUCGAUUCUCAAUUUUUAUAAACCAGUGCAGUUUAAAAACAGUUCGAUUUAGUUCAUUUCUGCAGUUUGGUUCAGUUUUUGGUUUUUUUGAACACCCCUAAACUAAACAAUACUUUAGAAUCAUGUUGAUGAAUGUCACUGAAAACACAGCUUGCAAAGGUCUAUUUAAUUACCCAUA